AUGUGGCUUUUGCACAGACACCGGCGCAGUUUGCUCCUACCUCCCCGUGGGGCAGGAGACCACCCCGUAGGUGGUGCCGAUCCGGGUGAUAGCCGCGGGACUGACUGCGAUAGGUUCGACCCGGCCAGCGCGGCUCUCAUGGAGAGGCUGAACUAUGUCGUGUCUCUUCUGGAAACUCAGCAGACGCAUUCCGCGUCGAGUGCCCCGGCGAUCACGCCGGGGUCUAUUUCUAAUACCGUGUCGCCGGGGUGGCCGGUAAUUGCCCAGGACCACAUCCCGCAACUACCUCCGCAAGUGCUUUCACAUUGCAAUCUGUCUUGUCGCGUGUUGCAGUGGCCAAUUAUCAGCAGCGAAGGAUACAAUGCAGUAUUGGAGUCGCUAUUUUUGUCGGAAAAGAGUAAUCCAGAGUCGCGUUUAUCGCGUCCCCAGAGUGUCACUGAAGAAGACUUCCCGGCCCAUGCUCGUGCGUUUCUCGCCAACGUUCAUACUAAAAACCCAGUGGUGGAGUAUAAAACAUUGAUGCGAUAUUCGAAUGACGCCGCAGAGAAUGGCGUCGGUUGGGAUGGACCCAGUUGUUUGGUUCUACUAACAUCGGCACUUGGCAUUGUUUCAACCACAUUUCAACGUGUUUCAACAACACAGCAGGCUCAGCCGGAAUCCAAUAGAGAGCUCGCAGAUGCCUGUUAUUUCGCAGCCCGGAAGCGCAUCGGCUUACUGAGCGCCACAUCUUUACUCUAUCUUCAGUGCCACUUCCUUUCGGGUGUUUAUGAGAUGUAUAACCUGCGACCAUUGGAAGCCUGGCACUCAUUCUACGUGGUAUCCACCGCAAAGCCCUUGUACACUCGCACUAGAAACCCUGGAUCUGUCGAUGCGGAAACAAACGAUCUGGAACAGCGCCUCUUCUGGUCCGCCUCGAAGUCUGAGUUUGUGGAUGAUAUACCGCAGGAAUUCCCCCAGGAGGAAAGCUGGUACUACUACUUAUUCGAAGUAUCCCAACAACGCACGAUGUAUCAAGUCAUCAGCUCGUUUUACUCGAGCAGACAAGAUACGCAGCUACUCGAAGCCUCUGUUGGAGUACUGACACAAGAUGCGAUAGAAUUGGAGCGCCAUCAGACUCUAGCCGGGUCCAGGCUCCCUCCCUGGUUGCAGUUUGUCGAGGGCGAGGCCUCUGAUCGAGAAUUGCCAUACUUCGUGCGCACGCGCUCGCUUUCUGUACAAGACAGUAUUCUCCGACCCUUUUUGUUUCUUCUUAUCCACUCAACUACUCUCCAGUCGCCUACCAUUUAUGGAUUUGCUCAACGCUGUUUAGAAGGCUGCUACACUCUCAUCGAUCUAAACGAUAUCCAACAUCGCCAUCAUGGAAGCUGGUUCCAGGCCCGAGCAGCCUUCCGCUGCGCGCUCACCAUUCUUGCAGCAAAAAAGAGUGAGAAAAUCACCGUCCGCUCGGACUGGAGACAUUUCAUAGAUGUAUCCUUGAGUGUGGUGGAGUUUUGGGCAAAGGACGCCGACGACCUGCAAAGACUGGCGGUUGUCCUUCGCAAUCUUUAUGACAGUAUGGCAUCUUAUGAUUGA